AUGGCAAGCGAGGCAACGACAUCGACACAAGGCCCGGUCAAGAUUGGCACGCGCAAGUCUGUCCUCGCCAGAGUUCAGACUGACAUUGUGUGCAAGGAACUGCGCAAGGCAUGGCCGGAUCGCAAGUAUGAGAUCCACGCCAUGAGCACCAUGGGCGACAACAACCAGACCACCGCACUGCACGAGUUCAAUGCAAAGGCGCUGUGGACCCACGAGCUCGAGGCUUUGCUCGAGAAGGGCGACCUGGAUCUCAUUGUCCACAGCUUGAAGGACAUGCCCACUCAACUCCCUCCAUCCAUGAGCAUCGGCUGCAUCUUCCCUCGCGAGAACGCUCGUGACGCGCUCGUCGUCAAGCCCACCCUUCCCUACAAGUCUCUCUCCCAAUUGCCCGAGGGCUCCGUCAUUGGCACCUCGUCCGUCCGCCGCUCCGCCCAGCUCAAGCGCCUAUACCCAGCCUUGAAGUUCGCCGACGUCCGCGGUAACGUCGGUACCCGUCUUGCCAAACUCGACAACCCCGAGGGCGAAUAUACCGCUCUCAUCCUGGCCGCCGCUGGCCUCUCUCGUCUCGGCAUGUCUGAGCGCAUCACCAGCUACCUCGAUAGCGCAUCAGGCGGCAUUCUGCACGCAGUAGGCCAAGGAGCCCUCGGAAUUGAGAUCCGCUCCGACGACGAGGAUAUCAAGAAGUUGCUCUCAGCUGUCGGCUGUGAGUGGACCACCCGCGCCUGUCUUGCCGAGCGCAGUCUGAUGCGCACCCUCGAGGGCGGCUGCAGUGUACCAAUUGGUGUCGAGACCGAGUGGGUGCGCAAGAAGGCUUCUCUGGGCACCACUGUCGGCACUGGUGUCGGUGUCGGCGCAAAGCCUGCAGCAGAGUACAACAAACUCAGCGGCAUUGCCGCGACUGGCCGCACUGGUCAGGACGAGGAUGAAAAUGAAGACAGCGGCUCAGAGUUCACAGAGAACCUGAUCAUGCGCGCGCUUGUUGUCAGCUUGGACGGUCAGAGACAUGUCGAGGCUGAGAUGCAGAGACGCAUUACAAGCAGAGAAGAGGCUGACGAGUUCGGCUGGGACGUUGCAAGGAAGCUUGUUGACUUGGGUGCUGAAUCCAUCUUGCACGACAUCAAUCUGAACAGGAAGAUCAUCGAAGAGCAGGGUGACGCAUAG